CGUAAACUAUUUCAAAUCAACAAACGUGGGGCAAUAUGUGAAUCUUGAUUUUUGUCAUGAAAUGUGUAGAUGUGUGUACCAAAUUUCAAAUCUUGGUUAUAAAGGACGUUUUGGUGCUAUAUAAGGAUGGCUGAUGCGUUCAGCAUGGGAGAAUCUAUAGACGAUUACCAAGUGCUGAAUCUCCUGGGUAAGGGAGGUUUUGCCUGUGUCUACAGAGCACGGUCUAAUAAGACAGGGAUGGAAGUGGCCAUUAAAAUGAUUGACAAAAAGUUAAUGAAAGCACAUGGAAUGGUAGCUAGGGUACGCAAAGAAGUGGAAAUUCACUCUCGACUGAAACAUCCUUCCAUUUUAGAGCUGUAUAACUACUUUGAAGAUAGCAAUUAUGUAUAUCUGGUGCUGGAAAUCUGUCUUAAUGGAGAACUCAAUAGAUACCUGAAGGCAAACUGCAAAGUUUUGACAGAAGAUGAAGCUCAACACUUUAUGAGACAGAUAGUAGAGGGAAUGCUCUAUCUCCACUCGCAUGGCAUUCUUCAUAGAGAUUUAACUUUGGCCAACCUUCUUCUCACGCGAAAUAUGAAUGUGAAAAUUGCUGAUUUUGGACUGGCCACUCAACUCACAGUUCCAGAUGAGAAACAUUUCACUAUGUGUGGUACACCAAACUACAUAUCUCCUGAGAUUGCCAUGCGGUCUGCUCAUGGUCUGGAAGCAGAUGUUUGGUCUCUGGGUUGCAUGUUGUACACAUUCCUAGUUGGCAAGCCUCCAUUUGACACAGAAGCAGUAAAAAGCACACUAAACAGAGUGAUCCACGCUGAAUUUGAUCUCCCAAGUCAUCUAUCAGAAGAUGCCAAAAAUCUCAUUAAGUCUCUUCUGAAGAAGAAUCCCAAAGAGAGGCUACCUCUUCCUGAUAUAUUGAAGCACCCUUUUAUGACCUAUGAUAAAGAGGCUUACAGAAAAGUUUCUAAGAACUUUGGUGACACAUCAAUUGACAGUGGAAGGGAUACCAUGGCAACCAUGUCAACUUCCACCUCCUCAAGAAUGACCAAUGCCCUCAAGCCCCGCCCUUUUCAGGCAUUUCCUCUGGAGUCACACAUCUCUGAAGAUGCUGAAAAGAUUUUCCAAAACAAAAAGUUCAGCUAUGAGGAGAAUGAAGUGGCUAACAUUAAUCAAAGAUGUCCUCCCAGUACAGCAGUGUCCCGUCAUCCACCAUCUCCUCCAGUUCGUUUGCGAGAUAGUGACAGAAGCACUGAGAGACAACAGUUCCUAAGAAGCAACAGUCAGGACAAGGGUAGAAGUAUGGAGCUUUACUCUGUAGAGCGUAGCCUAGAGGAAAUUCAAGGAGUCAAACAGAACAAUAGGCCUCCUCCCCAGUUUGAUCCUGCUAAGUACCAGGAUAACAGGUCUAAUACACCUAGCAACUCUUCUGGAUGGUCCUGUAGUCUGUCUCUUCAUAGCAAUGAUCCAAAAACUGUGGCAAGUCCAGCCAUGCAUGGGUACAGUGAUACCAGUAGUCAUGGAAUAACCAAGCCUUCUGCAAGUGAUCUGUCUUCACAGAGUAGUGAAUUCAGUCUAUACAACACCAAGAAAGUGCUAAACUUUGAGAGUGACAGUCUGCACGAUAAAUCUCGUCCCAAAGAGGGUCAAGACUAUGAGUCUUCCUCAUCACACUGUAGUGCCAGUGCCAAGCAUUCUUACUCCCAGCAGCGGGAUUAUGUUGGACAGUUUGGAAGAAGUAAAUCUGUGGAUGAUUUCCUGGACAGUGAUAUAGACACUAAUGCCAGCAGUAAAUUGGAACAGUACAGUAAGCCAGAGAUUACUAAAAGUGUAAAGGGUGCUACUUCAUCUAAUGAAGAAAAGGGCAACAAAGGUGUUACCCCACUCUCUGCUGUCAGACUAUGUCCCAUUCGCCAAAAAACCAGGAAUGCUGUGGUCAACAUCAUGGAGAAUGGAGAGGUGUGCUUGGAGUUUGUUAAACAGAAGCAGAAGGUGGACAAAGUGAUGGAAGUCUUUGUCAUCUCUCCAGACGGCUUGAACGUCAAAGUCUACCAGCCAAACUCAGGGAAAGGGGAACCUGUCUCUGACCAUCCAGUGUCCCUUCCUGAGACUCCCUCAAAGCAGUUCUCUUUUGAGGAGCUGCCAGAGAAAUACUUCAAAAAAUACCAGUAUGCUGCAAGGUUUGUGAAGCUUGUACGAUCCAAGACACCAAAAGUAACAAUCUACACUAGUAAAGCCAAGUGUAUGUUGAUGGAGAACUCACCUAACCAUGACUUUGAGGCAGUGUUCUAUGAUGGUGCUAAAUUUACAAUGAACUCCACGAACAUUCGAAUCAUUGAGAAGACUGGUACAUCACUGGUUCUAGAGUCGGGGGACACCCAGCAGAGGCUAGCAGAGGAGACGCAGCAGUUACUGGAGUAUGUCAAACAAUGUCGACAGCAGUGCCUGGAGCUGGAGUCAGUCAUUGAGGCAGUACAACAGAGGUGCAGCACAAAGGGCCAGCAGUUCUUCCCCGUCAUCAUUGGACGGCGGCCAAAUGUGAACCUGAAUGACUCUCACAGAUCUCAUUCAACAAGUGACCCUCCAAGUUCCCUUGGAAUGGACAAUUUAAGCACCCCUUCAUCUGGAUCUGGAAGGCCCCCUACAAUGUCAUCUUUUGAUGGAACAGUGGUCAGCACUGUAACAGAACUAGUGGAUCCAUCAUCUGCCUCAAGACUGACAGAUGACUCUCAUGACCAGACACUGAGAGCACAACAGAUAGCAGAGCGCCUGGGAAACAUAAGCCCCACGUCUACUCUACAGAGCGAAAGAGUUACCAAUACCAGUCCUACCUCUAGUCACAGUAGCAGCACACAGUUACGCAAAGCCACCGUGUUACGCAGUGUUUUGGUAAAAGAUAUUGGAUGGGCAUCACAGUUGUCUAAUGGAGAGAUAUGGGUGAAGUUUGAUGAUGCAACCCAAAUAGGGGUGAAACCAACCACUACCACAGUUAAAUAUGUGGAUGUACAAGGAAAACUUUUUAGAUUUCAAAGAACUGACAUUCUUCCAGAAGCAGUCAAAGUGAGACUGGGGAAGGUUCCAGUGGUGCUGGAGGCCCUCAUGCAGGACACCCCACCCACCUCCACCCCCUUAAGUACUUUCCGAUAGGAAGAGACGCCCUCACUUAGAAAUCUCUACGUUAUUUGUCUGUGAUAGUGCCAUAAUUGACCCAUUACUCAUUCUCCUUAGUGCUGUGAUAUUCUGUAGGCAGCUUAUGUCAUUGUCUGUACAUAUCUUUCAAGAUAUAAUUAACAAAGAAUUAAGAAGAAGAUUGACAUUUUAGUCAGUUUGUACAGGGUUGUACAUUUGUACAUAUCAGAGGAUGUGAGAUAUAGUAGUUUUCCUGAUUAUAUUGUACAUGACAAAGAUGUAUAUAUCAUAGAUAUAUUUCUGGUUCAAUAUAAAUUGUUGCUGUUAUAGCUUAAGUCUGUAGUUUAGUGCUAUUGGCUAUGGUAGGUUGGCUUGUUUGUGCUAUUUCAAGUUUUAUUUAUUUUUAAUAUAGUACAACUGUAUUGUGUUCACUUCUUUAUUUUUAAUAUUUUUUUAAUUAAAUAAUGUUGAUUGAGCAUUGCAUUUUCUUCCUUACACUAUACAUUAUUUUAACUGUAUUUUAUUUUUCCCAUAAGCCACCACAAAAGUUGAUUUUACCACAGAUUUUUAUUAUCACAUUAAUUUUUCUUACACUUUCACAAAUGGACUUGGAUCAUAUUUUCUCACUUAGAUGUUAAUUUUAAAAGAGUAAAAGCUAGCAGGUUAUUUUUAAAGCAUUCAAUUUUUUUAAUGGUAUUUUAUUGAUAGACUGUAUGUAAGAAUUCACAAUUUCUUUGGAUCAAAUAAGAUUUUUGUUACAUUGAAUUAGAUGAUUGUUUAUUGUUGAGUACCAUAGCCAAUCCCAUGCUUAUAUUGUUACAUAUUUAACUAGUCUUCAUAUAUAUUAUAGUUAUAUGAUAUGAAUAAACUUAUAAAAGAAAA